CUCGUUUGAUGACCGGUUGCCUUACGGGCCCGAUUGUGUCGUGGCUGAUCCACAGAGAGGAGCAAAGACGAGAGGUGGCACCCAAAGUCUUCUAUGACUGGUCCAGCGCGGCCCUCUCUGUGGACGGCCCCCCUGCUGCUGCCUCUGCUGCGUCGGGCAAGUGCCACCCCUCCUUCGGCCGGCCGGUGCACCGUGUGGUGACGGCCAUGCAGCUGACGUCAGCCGCCAUGCAGGACGUCAUCGAGACCCUCAAACUCACACAUGUCCCCAGCGACUUGUAAGCCCACGACUCCCUAGCACAGCUCGCCUGUGCGCCUCUUUUGUGUGUCGUCGUUCAGCCAUGGGUUUCUGUGGAGCCACGCCUUCCUGGUGCAGAGUUUGCGUCAGAAGACAGUGGAGAUGCGCAGCCGACGACGAGGGCAGGUGGUCGUCCACCUGCCGAGACCCGACGAGACAAGCGCCACGGUGAGGCAUUCCUGUGGCGGCUGUGAUGGGCAGACACGUGUGUGUGUUGGCAGGGUUUGCGGCACAUGGGGACGAGCGACCUCUCCCACGCAUUCGCAAACCAGCGCUCCCUAAGACAUGCCGGUCAUCCUGCUGCUUGAUGCACUGAUACAUAUCGUAAACACCGAUUCGCCGUGUGCUGUCGUGAUGGUGAUGGUUUCAGUGUCCAGUCGACUGAAGGACGGCAAGGCGUCUCGUGACGGUAGUGUUGCUGAGUGGACGGCGGACAGUGACGUACAGCCGACAGACAGGUACAAGGCCGUUGUGGAGCGGCCAAUAUGACCCUUCGGUGCUCUCUCUCUCUCUGUCAGUUGUCAGUAUUCUGUGGUGUCGCCGGGCAUAGCUCUGCAUGACCUCCAGGCCAAUCUCGCCUAUGUGGUGGACGAGCUCGUCACGAGAGAACAGCUGCACCAGGCGGCACUGCAAAAGGCCGGAGACACUGACCUGGAGAAGGCCGACACUGAGGUGUCGCAGCGGCAUCACACUGGCGGCUGGAAGGCCCUCUACGAGGCAUUCAAGAAGGCCAAACGGACACUCAUCAAAGCCGGCAGCCCGCCGGUCAGCGGACGAGAGCAGUCGAUGUCCCUCUGUCUGUCGAUGAGCAUAAACCCACCUCUGUUGCGUUGAAUGCAGGGGGCCAUCCCGGAGGUCCUCGCAAGCCUCGUGCCGAUGGUAGUAGAUACGCCAGCCGCCACAGAGGACGUGCCGAUGAGCGGCAUGUCGUCGCCCGCCAGCUCAACCCGGUCGCAGCAGAGCGAUUGCCAGGAGGCCCUCACGCCCCUCUCUCAGCUCGUGUGGGUCGAUUGGCAUCGGCUCAGCAGCCAAGACAAGGACAGCGCAGCCCUGUCGAUGUCAGUGGAGGCCGUCUACGAUGCCGUGGCGGCGAUGGACGGCACCGCAGCCAACGAGGAUGACGACAAGUAGCUCUGUCAAGGCCGCGGCGGCCCAUGUGAGGGAAUGUCAGCCGAGGCGAUGGGACAGGCAUACGCAGACUGGACGGGACGAUCAAAUUUAUCCUAUACAUAUAUAUAUGCUGUGGAUUGAGGGUGUGUGUAUGCUUGUUUGUUGCGUUGUGUUUUCUGAUGGUUUUCAUCGAAACUCAAGACGAAACUCAAGACGAAUACACGUGUAAUCGACACGUGUCUGCAGGUGAGAGAGGCGUGCGUGGGACGAGUGCAUGUGGGCACGCACCCUUUUCUGUGGCUCUGCCCUUACAUGGCCGGCUGGGCCAUACCGUCGGUGCGGUACGUCUUUUGGUUUUAUCUUGGUACUGUUUCGGUGUAAGGCCCAUUUUGACAGUGCAUGUGUUCUGCGUGGGUGAGCCAUUUUGCUGGUGUGUUUUGUAUAGCCAUAGGAAGACUUGCAUUGAAUAAAUUUGUACAAGCGAUAUGAUUGGUCUGUUCGCAUUCAUAUGGGAAACCCGCGUAGACAAUCUCAGACAGCC